AUGGCUCCGCCCCCCGAGAUUGCGAUACCCUCGACGAGCGUCUCCGACGAAGGCGCCUCCAAGCCCUUUACGCUCUACAACAUCACCCUCCGCCUCCCCCUGCGAUCCUACGUGGUCCAGAAGCGCUACUCCGAGUUUGCCAAGCUCCACAACACACUGGUCGAGCAGGUCGGCAGCCCGCCCCCCGAGCCGCUGCCCGGCAAGCACUGGCUCAAGUCGACGGUCAAGUCGGCCGACCUGGCGAGGGGCCGGCAGCUCGGCCUGGAAAAGUACCUACGCACCAUUGCCGAGACGCCAGACCGGCGAUGGCGGGACACGUCGGCCUGGCGCGCCUUUUUGAACCUGCCCAGCUCCAGCAACGCCAACUCUGCCGUGUCUGCCGCCGGGAGGGUCGGCAGCACGGGGGCCGGGGCCGCGGACCCGGGGACGUGGCUGGACAUGCACCGGGAGCUCAAGCAGGGCCUUCUCGAGGCGAGGCAGUGUCUGUCGAGGAGAGACGGCGCCGCGGACGGGGGGGACGGCACGGCGGUGGCCGAGGCUGGCGCGGCGGCCAAGCGGGCCCUCGUCAGGGCAGGGACAUUGCUUGCCACGCUGUCGGACGGCCUCCGCAGGAUGCAAGAGUCGAGCCGGCUUGGCGAUGGAGAGCUACGGCGGCGACGAGACUUGGUGUCUACGGCCCGCAUGGAGCGAGACGCGCUGGAAAGGCUGUCCAACAGCAUGCCCAGCUCGGCAUCGGGCGCCGGACGAGGGAAUGGCGGGCAAGGACAUCCGUCGGCAUCGGAGAAGGCAGCUCUGCUACAAGGAGGCAGGCCGGGAGGCCGUGUGCUAGGCGCGCCGCUGCCGGAGACGGACAAGACGCGGGAGCUGGACAACCAGGGCGUGCUGAUGCUGCAGAAGCGGGAGAUGCAUGCGCAGGACGAGCAGGUGGAGCAGCUGGCGGCCAUCAUCCGGCGGCAGCGGGAGAUGGGGCUCAAGAUCAACGAAGAGGUGGAAGCGCAGAGCGAGAUGCUGGAGCGGAUGGACCAGGACGCGACGCGGGUGCAGGGCAAGGUGACGGUAGCCAACAACCGCCUCAAGAAGAUGUGA